GGAUCAUCUGCCCUACACAAGGCGGCAGAGGUGGGCAACGAGGACAUGGCCCGCCUGCUGCUGAGCUACGGAGCCCGCGUGGAUUCGAGAGACAUCCAGGGCUUGACGCCGUUAUGCGUAGCGACUGGGAACAACCAUCUCGCCAUAGCGAAGCUCUUGCUGGAAGCCGGUGCUGAUCCGCUGGCCAUCGACUACCAGGGCAAGCGGUGCUCGCUCCAGACUGUCGGGCGUCACAAUGCUCCAGCCGUGUGGAAGCUGCUGGACUUUGGUGCGUCUCUGGAGGCCACAUUGCCCGGCCAGCUCGAGACGCCUCUACUGCACGCCAUUGAGAACAAGCAGGACGAAGUGGUGCAGAUUCUUGUGGCCAGAGGCGCGAGCCUGACCGCCAGGGACAAGGAUGGGAGAGACCCCCUCCUCAAGGCCAUCUCCCUUGAUCGCCGGUGGGUGACGCACCUGCUUCUCGACAGUGGCGUGGCCGUGGAGACGGUGGAUUCUUAUGGCACAAGUGCCCUGGCUCUUGCCGCUGGGAGUGUUAUGCGCGGCAUCUCAGCCCGCCUGCUCGAACUUGGAGCAGUUCUCGAAACGAAAGACAGAUUAGGCAGAACCCCGCUCGUAUGGGCGGUGGAAUCAGAGGUCUGUGAGGAUGUCCGCCUCCUGCUUGACAAUGGCGCUGCGGUCGAUCCCUUAUCAACCCCCCAAAGCGGGACACCACUUAACGCUGCUGUGCGUGAUGGCUCUCUCGACAUUGUUCAAGCACUUCUCGAGGCAGGGGCGGAUGUUCAG